GAAUGUCGUCAAUACCUGUUUUGUCUGACACCCAAACCUAACAUUAAAUACAAUUCGAGUGUUUUAAAAAACUUGACUGAAAUCGGAAAACUUGAUAUCAUUUGGGUGACGGGUAUUGGAGAGCGUGGACACCUCCAGACCUCACAACUCGAACGAAUGCCACCGAAUUAUGGAGACAUGAAAUUAAUGAUCGAAAGAAUAGAAAGUAAAGCGAGUCUUAAGUCCAAAUUCGAGGUCACAUUCCGUCUCAUAAAUUGCUGGUAA